CACCUUUUUACAGCUUAUUUAAAGGGGUGAAAAGUCUAUUAAAAUCGGCGUGGGUUUAUAAACCUUUGGUUUGUUUUCUUUUUUCUGGGUGUACUAAGACAUUGUGGCAGUACUGAUAAUUAUUGAAGCUUUUCUGUCGCCUAGGCGCUGUUCAUUUACAUUACAAUGUCACAUACCAUCUUGUUGGUUCAGCCAGGCAAACCAGAAACCCGAACAUAUUCUGAUUACGAAUCUGUUAAUGAGUGCAUGGAAGGUGUCUGUCACAUAUAUGAAGAACAUCUGAAACGUCAGAACCCAAAUACUCCAUCCAUCACAUAUGACAUAAGCCAGUUGUUUGAUUUUGUUGAUCAGUUACAGGAUCUCAGUUGCUUAGUGUACCAGAAGUCUACUAAUACGUAUGCUCCUUACAACAAAGAUUGGAUCAAGGAAAAGAUAUAUAUUCUUUUGCGGAGACAGGCUUCAAAGAACCAGUCUUGAAACCUCUUUUUACAUAAACAUUUAUAAUUACACAUUUGGCAUAGUUUCAUCAGUUUAGUUUAGUUUUACAUUCAUCUGACUGAAAAAGAAAAAUACUAGUGUGUAUUAGUUAUUGCCAGGGCUUUAAUAUAUUAAAUGUUUACUAAAGUAUUUUCCUUAUUAUCAAGUGUUCAUUAAAGCCAUAUGUUUGUGAUAUAUUCCUCCCACUGUCUUUAUUCUGGUUCAAAACCUUUUUAAACUCUUAUAUCUGUCAAAACUGUUCCUGAGUAUGUUUCACAUGUAUUUGUAGUUUUCUGUAUCCUGUAUACCAUUACUAAGAAAUACUUUGUUAUUUUGUUUGUUUGCUUUUGUUUUGUAUUUUCAUUUUGUUCAGUCUUUAUUUUUUGAAUUUGUGGAAAGUUCCCCAAAUGUAAAAGUUUUAGCCUUUAUUGAUUUUAGGAAAAUUAAAGUCUGCUUCUGUGUUAACUUAGGGACAAGUUAGUCAUGAAACUUGGAGUUUCAGUUAUGUGCUAGAUAUAUUUUUUAGGCUACAUUGUCAUGUGGUUUAAAUCCAUAUUAAGACGCAUUUAAAAAUGUGGAGAAAUAUGCACAAGACAAUUCUCCGUUAAAAGUACUUAGUAAAAUCACUCCCAUUUAUUUCUACCCCAUAAUAUCUAAAAAAAAAGAUCUUGGAUGGGUUGCCAUAUUUCAGUUUUCUGUAGGUUUUAUCAGAAUAUUUAAAAUUCUGCAAACCAAACAUAUGAAUACCAGUGCUCUUUAAUUGCAAGGAUGUGAAGAUAUUGUUCAUCACAGCAAAUUUUAUACAUUUGUCCCUCAGAUACAUCUUGCACAUGUUAGUCAUUACUAUUUUUUAUUCACUUUACCACAUUCAUUACUAAAGCUAUAAACAAGAUAAGAAAAAAAAAGUCAAAUUUCAUAUAAUUGGUAUUUUCUUGUCAGCAUUUAUUGAAAACUUUAUCUUUUUCUGACUAGAUAUUCUAUCUUAAAUAAAGAGACAAUAAAAAGUUCAUAUUUAACAAUGAGGUGAAAAUAAAAGGGUGUCUGAAAUCAUUAGCUUGAAGUCAAAACUAAACAAACUUUUAAUUAGAAAAUGUUUUCAUUAUGGGAUUUUUACUAUCUUUGUGGAUUAAGAGAAAAUAUAUUUUUACCUAAAUUUUAUAUUAAACCAACCAUCUGAUCAUCUGUAAUAGUUGAGGUAUUUUCUUUUUGGAAGUAUGCUUUAAAUCUUUUGAUCUAAAUUAGUACUUUAUCAGAUGUUACUGAAACUAAGUUUAAUGUGAUCAUGCUUCGGCAUUUCCAUGUAAAAUUAUUUUUUUUCAAAAUACUUGAAAUAUGGAGUACAAACAACUGUUUUAACAGAUUGAUCUGUGAAAAUGAAAUAAAACGAUUAUCACACUUAAA